AUGGAAGAUCCUUUCAGCCCCUCAACUCUGCCACCUGCACCCAAUCUCUCCGUACCCAUCUUGCCGAACUGGGGUUUCAACCUGACUUCUGGAAAGGGAGCCAGCGCCCCGGGGCCGCAGUCGCCGCCACCCGGACCACGCAUCCCCCGGGUCAGCCUGGUCUUACUGGGGGUCUUCUUGGUGGCGGCAGUGGCCGGCAACGCCACGGUGUUAUGUCGUUUGUGCGGCGGCGGGCCGUGGGCAGGUCCCAAGCGUCGCAAGAUGGACUUUCUGCUGAUGCAGCUGGCCGUGGCGGACCUGUACGCGUGCGGGGGUACUGCACUGUCCCAGCUGGGCUGGGAGAUGCUGGAAGGGCCGCGCCCGGCUGCGGGCGACCUGGCGUGCCGUUUCAUGCAGCUGCUACAGGCGUCUGGCCGGGGUGCCUCUGCCCACUUCGUGGCACUCAUCGCUCUCGAGCGCCAGCGCGCUGUGCGACGUCCCCAGGGUCCGCCGCUGCCCGCACGCUCCCUCGCCGCCUUGGGCUGGCUGCUGGCGCUGCUCCUGGCACUGCCCCCGACUUUCGUGGUGCGCGGGGACAUUCCGCAGCCACCGCCUUCCGCUGCGUCCCCGGCCGCCCGCUCUUGGCCUAGGGAGCGUCGCUGCCGCGGCAUCUUUGCCCUUCUCCCGCGCUGGCAUCUGCAGAUCUACGCGCUCUACGAGGCUGUCGCGGGCUUCGGGGCGCCAGUCGCGGUCAUGGGCGUCGCUUGCAGCCACCUGCUCAGCGUCUGGUGGCAGCGCCGGCCCCAGGCCCAAGCCAUGGCGGCUCCCUGGUCGGCUAGUCCGGCCCGAGGCCCCGAGCCCAGUGCGCUGCCCCGUGCCAAGGUUCAGAGCCUGAAGAUGAGCCUGGUACUGGCGCUGCUGUUUGUGGGCUGUGAGCUGCCCUACUUCGCCGCCCGGUUGGCGGCCGCGUGGUCGUCCAGGCCUGCGGGAGACUGGGAGGGAGGCCAGGCUGCCGUUUUGCGCGCCGUGGGAGUGGCCAGUAGUGCUCUCAACCCUUUCGUCUACCUCUUCUUCCAGGCGGGCGAUGGCUGGCUUUGGCGGAGGCUACGGAGGCGCCUGGGCGCUGUGUGCUGCGCGCGGGAGGGAGUCUCUGAAGACAAUGAGUGGGCCGGGGACCACCAGGCGCUCCACCGCCACCGGUGGCCCCACCCGCACUACCACCACGCUCGGCGGGAGCAUCGGGACCAGGGCUGCUUGCGCCCACCCCCGCCGCGCCCCAGACCACUGCCCUGCUCCUGCGAAAGCGCCUUCUAG